AGCCGAGCGCCGCGGAGCGGGGGCCGGAGCGGGGCCGCCAUGCGCCCGGGGCCGGGGCUGCCGGGGCUGCCGGUGCUGCCGGUGGUGCUGGCGCUGCUGGCGGCGGCGGCGCGGCCGGGCAGAGGCGAGGAGGCGAUCCAGUGCCCGCCGUGCUCGGAGGAGCGGCUGGCGCGGUGCAAGGCUCCGCAGGGCUGCGCGGAGCUGGUGCGGGAGCCGGGCUGCGGGUGCUGCGCGACCUGCGCGCUGCCCCGCGGCACCGCCUGCGGCGUCUACACCGCUCGCUGCGGCGCGGGGCUGCGCUGCUACCCACCCCGCGGCGAGCCCCGGCCCCUCCGCACCCUCAUGCACGGCCAGGGCAUCUGCACAGACCUGGCCGACGUCGAGGCCAUCCAGGAGAGCCUCCAGCCCCCAGAGAAGGAGGAGAUCGACCACCCCAACAACAGCUUCAGCCCCUGCAGCAUCCACGACCGCAAGUGCCUGCAGAAGCAGCAGGCCAAGAGGGUCAACAACGGCAACAAGAUGCGUAACAGCGGGAGCCCUCACCACCGCGAGGACACGCGGGUCAUGGCGCAGGGCUCGUGCCAGAGCGAGCUGCACCGGGCGCUGGAGCGGCUGGCGGCCUCGCAGACCCGCACGCACGAGGACCUGUACGUCAUCCCCAUCCCCAACUGCGACCGCAACGGCAACUUCCACCCCAAGCAGUGUCACCCGGCGCUGGACGGGCAGCGGGGCAAGUGCUGGUGCGUGGACCGCAAGACGGGGGUGAAGCUGCCGGGCUUCCUGGAGCUGAAGGGCGACUUGGACUGUCACCAGCUGGCGGACAGCAUGUGAGCGCCACCGUGCAGGGCCAGGACCCCCGCCGGGGCUGCCCAGGAGAGAAGGAGAGGGGACGUGACUGCUGAGCAGCGCCCCGGUGCCCGGGAUGCGCCUCGGAUCGCGCCGUGCCCUGCGCCGCGGGCUGCCCACGGCACCGCCGGCCGCGCCAUGACCACUAUCAGCCGCUGCCGGGGGUCCCGGCACCUCCAUCCCACACGGACACAGCUUGGACGAUGCUGCCUUGGGGCUGGGGCCGGGCUGCCGGGGUGGAGUGGGUGGGGGGCGCCCUUGCUGCUGCUGCCGCUGCCCCGUGGGUACCCCCGGUUUUCAGCCCGGCCCCGCAGGGAACCUCGCACACCUGGCGCCUCGGGGGGCGCGGUGGCAGCAUGGCGUUUGCAGCUCGGUGCCCCCCGUGCCAGGCCUCUGCCGGGGCAGCAGCAGAAGUGCCUCGUCCUGCCCUCCCUGGUUGGGAGAGGCUGCCCGGGCAAGGACUGGGGGACUGGAGAGAUCCCCCCGCCUGCAUCCCACCCCGAGUGUGUGUGUGUGAAGGGCAGUGUGGCUGCACAGAGCAAUGAGAGAUCUUCCCCCUCCCUGCUGCAGCCCCACAGCCCGGGACCUCCUCCCCUCUGCCCAGCCCCAUCCCACUCCCUGUGCAGGGACAAAGCCCCCCAUCCAUCCUGCCUCCCCCUCCUCCAUCCAGGGCUGAGGGGUCGGGAUCUCCAGGCAAGCAACAUUGAGGGGAGGGUGAAGGGGUGAGGGAUGCCCUGGAAACACAUCCCAGGGGGAAGAGCUGCUUCUGGUUUGAGUAUUUUUUUCUUUCCUCUCCAAAUUUUUUUUUAGUGUUUAAAAAAUGUUGGUGGUGGGAUUUAGUAAGUGACUGUGUGACCCCGAGGCUGGAAUUCUCCAUCCCCCCAGGGACCAGAGUCUUCUCUUCUUGACCAAUGUGACAAAACUGGGAUGGGUUCUGGAAUGUCUCCAGUGAUGAGAUCUGCAGAUUUCACCAGCACAACGUUUCUCAGCUGAGAAAUUGUCACUGAUUUUUACCUGUUUUUUUCUUCAAGCUGGGAUGGAAAUUUUUCACAUAAAAAUGCCAUGGAAAGUGUGCCAAAGGCAGAGAGGACUUCCCCAAUCCCCUCCUGACCCACCCUCAGUCUCCAUGGCCUCAGUGGUAGGUUUUGGUUUUCCGUGUGGAUUUGUCCUGUCCAAGACCCCCGAUGGGAACGAAGCGUUUCAGUUUUAGUGAAACACCCUCUGCCCUCCCGAUCGCCCGCCUGCCCUGGCUGCCCGUGGCCCUGCUCACACACAGCUUCUAAACCGAGUCAAGUCUGUCCUCGAUGGGGAGGGGGGUCCCUGUCCCUGCCGCCCCUCAGAGCCCCCGCACCAAGGAAGGGAUUCCCGGGGCCAGCGCCAGUGCCAGUCCCCCGCGGCAGCACCGCAGCAGGACACAGCCGGCCUGGUGACCUCGGCCGCUCCCCGUGCGCACCAGGGCGGCUCCAGCUGGGCCUUUCCUGGUUCGGGGGUUCCUGGCAGUGCCGAUGCACCGGGGCACGUCCUGUGUCCCGCUCCGAGGGCUCCAAGCGUUUCCCAGCGUCUCUCCUGUAGUUUAGGGCUGUAUUUACACAUGACCAUGUACCAGUGUCCCCCAGCGCGUCCCCUGGCACCCAAGGGGUCCCCGUCUGUCCCCCCCGGGCCAAGCCCGUCCCAUCAGAUUCCCGUGUAGCACCGACCUUUUACAGUACACUUGAACCUUUGUAUCCUCAAAAAAGGUAAUUACUGUAUUUAAUUUCCCGUUA